AUGAGCAACUUACCACCAAAGAAGGAGUCCGUCAUGGGCGUUCCUCCUUUCAUCAUUGACUUCUUGAUGGGUGGUGUCUCCGCUGCCGUCUCCAAGACCGCUGCUGCUCCUAUCGAGCGUGUCAAGCUCUUGAUCCAAAACCAAGACGAGAUGUUGAAGACUGGCCGUCUUGACCGCAAAUACGAUGGUAUCGUUGAGUGCUUCAAGCGUACCACCGCACAAGAAGGUGUUGCCUCCUUAUGGAGAGGUAACACUGCCAACGUUAUCCGUUACUUCCCUACACAAGCCUUGAACUUCGCUUUCCGUGAUACCUACAAGUCGAUGUUCAACUUCAAGAAGGAUCGUGAUGGAUACGCCAAGUGGAUGGCCGGUAACUUGGCUUCCGGUGGUGCUGCUGGUGCCACUUCCCUCCUCUUCGUCUACUCCCUCGAUUACGCCCGUACUCGUCUUGCCAACGACAACAAGAACGCUAAGACUGGUGGUGACCGUCAAUUCAACGGUUUGAUUGAUGUUUACAAGAAGACCCUCGCUUCCGAUGGUAUUGCCGGUCUCUACCGUGGUUUCGGUCCUUCCGUUGCUGGUAUCGUCGUUUACCGUGGUCUUUACUUCGGUAUGUACGACUCCAUCAAGCCAGUCCUCCUUGUUGGACCUCUUGAGGGUAACUUCCUUGCUUCCUUCUUGCUCGGAUGGACUGUCACCACUGGUGCCGGUAUUGCUUCUUACCCAUUGGACACCAUCCGUCGUCGUAUGAUGAUGACUUCUGGUGAGGCCGUCAAGUACAAGUCUUCUUUGGAUGCUGGUCGUCAAAUCAUUGCCAAGGAGGGAGUUAAGUCUCUCUUCAAGGGUGCUGGUGCCAACAUUCUCCGUGGUGUUGCAGGUGCUGGUGUCUUGUCCAUCUACGAUCAAAUGCAAGUCUUGAUGUUCGGAAAGGCAUUCAAGUAA